AUUGGUCCAAAAGAGGUUCAAGUGUAUUUUCCUGCACGCCAAGGCGCACAUUUUCACCUUCACCCCACCAGGCGCCGCACCCCGGGCAACUGUCGAAACCCACACCCAACCAACCUCAAAGCCUUUGACAAACCAGGGGAGUCCUAACACGCUCAAUACAGUACAUUCCUUAACCAUACCUUUUCUCAAAUAUCAUCAAGGUCCACCAACAACUGCCGACCCCAUCUAUCGUAAAACGAACUUGUCCAAGACAGCCAUGCCCAAAUCCAACAAGCUCCGCAUCCUCUGUUUCGGCGACUCGCUCACAUCGGGAUACAGCCGCUCGGGUCUGGCAUCGCAUCCUUACGAUGAGAGGCUGGUGCAGGACCUCAAGGUCGCCCGGCCUGAGCUCGAAAUCGAGACGACAGAGGAUGGGAGGCCAGGCGACCUGACAGGCUUCUUUUUGAGCCGCUGUGUCAACCACUUUGGGCCGAAACAACCCAAGUACGACUGGACCAUAAUCCUUGGUGGAACCAAUGACCUCGCCCGUCAAUACUCUCCAGAAACAAUUUAUGACAACCUAAGACGCUGCUGGGACCUGGCCCUUAGCCAUGGGAGCAAAGUACUCGUCCUGACCGUGCCCGAGGUCGGUGUGCGAAGCCGCGCCGACGAAAUGAGGGACAAGCUGAACGACAUGAUACGCAAGGCGCAGGGCGGUAGCAUCUACGUCCACGACCACCACGCAGCCGUCCCGUACUGGUCCUUAUCACAGGAGGAGCGAGACAAGUAUUGGGACGACCACAUCCACCUCACGGCGGACGGCUACAACCUCAUGGGUAAGAUGAUCGCCGCGCGGCUGGUGGAUAUUUUGUGCGAGGAGGAGAUGGAGGUGAAGAAUCGCCCCUUAACGUCGAGCCGACCAAGACCUGGAGUCAAGGCUUUCAAGGGCGACGGCACAGUUUUUGAGGAGGAGAUAGGCGACUCUUCCAAGUUACGACAGGGUUAUGUUGUUGUGAGGGGGGCGGAUCUUGAUUAAAAAUUUAUCGGAUAGAGCGUUGGGGCUUUGGAGCAACAGGAAUUCGGCGCAGGAUAAACAGUAUGGGCCCGGGGUUGUCGGCGUGAGAGGCGCUUCUUUUUAACAGAUUUCUUUUUCUUUUUGGAUACCAAAACAAGCAUACGUUUUAAUCAAUCUCGUCAUAGGACCCAG